UGGAGUGAGUGCCUGCACUGGCAAUCCAGCCUCCGCCGUGGGGCAGUAUUUGAACGCCGACCGCCCUCCUCGCUUUGACUGUGCCUGUUCAUUCGAGAGCAAUCACCACCUCGCAACAACCCAUCCACUCGCAUCAAAUCCAGUAUCAGAGGAUCCGUUUUCGCCAACAGACUCCGAAACGCCACAUUCAUUCCCACCACCUUCCAAAUCAGCCCUUAUUCUUACCAUGGCCGCCACGGACGCAAAGGUCUGGCUCCAGUCCAGCGACAACGUCUCUAUUGAAGUUGACAGGGCUGUUGCCGAGCGCUCCAUGCUCAUCAAGAACUUGUUGGACGAUCUGGGCAGCGACACCAUCUCUCAGAGCAACGCGAUUCCCAUCCAGAACGUGAACGAGGCCGUGCUCCGGAAAGUUAUCGAAUGGUGUGACCACCACCGCAACGAUCCCCAGCAAAACCCCGAUGACGAGUCCGAUGCCCGUAAGAAGACAACCGAGAUUGAGGAAUGGGACCAGAAGUUCAUGCAGGUUGACCAAGAGAUGCUCUUUGAGAUCAUCCUUGCCGCCAACUAUCUGGACAUCAAGCCCCUACUCGAUGUCGGGUGCAAGACUGUCGCCAACAUGAUCAAAGGCAAGUCUCCUGAGGAGAUUCGCAAGACAUUCAACAUCACAAACGACUUCACUCCCGAAGAAGAGGAGCAGAUCCGCCGUGAGAACGAGUGGGCUGAGGACCGCUAAUGCCCGCAAAACCACGCUGCUUGAAUGAGGAUGAAUGCGGCCUCUGCUAGGGAAUGAAUUUAUGGUUCUUUGCUCUCGGCGUUCAGGUUAUCGGGGAUGAGUUCGAUGUCAGUUCAGGGUCGCAACGGCAUCAGUGGCCAAGUGACUGCCAUGGCACAUGGGUGGUCAUGGGGCUGAGGCAUCGCAAUGCUCUGUCGGAUCAAGUAUGCGUACACGGUGCUCCUCGCUCUUCACACGAAUAGAGCACAAUGGAACAGCUUUAGCGACACGGCACGGCAUGGCGAUGGUGAUCAUAAAGCAGCCUAACAGACUCCGCAACGCUUCGGCAGGCGAGGUACCGCAGGGUGCGGCAAGUGAACAUCACAGUUUAACAGUGGUGGCAUGAUCCACGAUGCGAGCAUAAUAAGAGA